AUGCAGAUGCCCAAGACAGCUCUCGCAACGCUCUUAGGAACGGCGAUCGUUCUCGCCAACCUACCACUCACGCACUCGCAUCGCGACGGCCAUCACCACGAGCAAGUCCAACUGCCUCUUGAGGAAUUCGCUCAGCCGAGCUCGUCAGGCUCGCAGACAUGGCUGGAGAAGUACGGCAAGCAGAUUGACCAAGUCUUCUCCGGCCCAUUGUCGUUCUCCCAUCUUCCAUACUCGCGCUGCCUAGAGGAUGAAAAUGCGCAGUUUGACAUCGCGCUUCUCGGUAUGCCGUUUGAUACCGCGGUGACCUACCGGCCGGGUGCCCGUUUUGGACCGUACGCCAUCCGCUCAGGGAGCAGGCGACAACGCGAGAGCCGUGGCUAUACUCUCUCCUGGAAGAGCAACCCUUAUGAACUUGGCUCAAGGAUCAUCGACUGUGGGGACGUUCCCGUGAAUCCGUUCGACAACGCCCUGGCCAUAGACCAGAUGGAGGUUGCAUACUCCACCCUUCUGGGGCGAACACCGGCCAGUGAAGGCUCUGUCAUGUCAAUCACUCAACAUUUCGCCAAGGAUGGCAAGCAGCAUCCUCGCAUCGUGAGUUUGGGCGGUGACCACACUAUCGUACUUCCUAUCUUGCGGUCCCUCAACAAAGUAUACGGCCCGGUGUCGGUCAUCCACUUCGACGCCCACCUGGACACAUGGCCGUCAUACCCAGGUCCCACGUCAGAACAGUCUCGGGUCACGCAUGGGACCUUCUUCUACCUUGCAAGGGAGGAAGGGUUAAUGACCAACACUAGCAUCCAUGCUGGUAUCCGGUGCAAGCUCUCCGGCGUGGCGGACUUGGAGAAUGACGCAUCCGUCGGCUUCCAGCUGAUCUCGACCGAUGACAUAGACGAUUACGGCGUUGCUGAAAUCAUCAAGCGCGUUCGUGAGCGCGUCGGGGACUCUCCUGUCUACCUCAGCCUUGAUAUCGAUGUCAUAGACCCCGGUCUAGCACCUGCGACCGGGACACCGGAAGCAGGAGGCUGGACGACUCGCGAGGUGAAGCGAAUCAUCCGCGGCCUUGCCGGUCUCAAUUUCGUAGGCGCAGACAUCGUAGAAGUGGCUCCAGCGUACGACAACGCUGAGAUUACGGGCAUCGCUGCCGCGGACAUCGUGCAUGACUUCUUGUCCAUGCUGCUGUCCUCCAAGCCGCCUGCGCCGCACAGCCUAUUUGCGCCUGCCAAGGACGAGUUCUGA